AUGAGACUAACCGAGUGCCUUUUUGUCUGCCUGACAGGCUGCAGCCUUGCCUCUGUCGUUCCUCAUGGCCAGACGGUGUUGCAUCUACCGGGGGAAAUCCCUCCGCGGAACCCUCCUAUCGUCAACCCGAUCAGAGCCCCAUAUCAGGAUCCCAAGCAGCCGACCUGGCUGCGUGUGGAGGACCUGCUGUCGCGGAUGCCGAUGCGGGAGAAGAUGGCUCAGUUGAUGCAGGGCGAGCUUGAGAAAUGGGUGGACUUUACGACGGGAGAGUUUAAUAUCAGUGGGAUGAAGGACCAUAUGUUCUAUCACUCGGGGAUGCUGCGAGUGAGCCAUCCUUUGACGACUGCCGAGAUCUCCCAUCAGGGUGCACACCUUUUGCAGGAUUGGAUCAUGAAUGAUACCAGUCUAUCGCUUCCUGCCAUCGUGCAAUGCGAGGGUCUCCACGGAUUGGGUGUUCCAAACGCCACCAUUUUUACUUCGCCCAUCGGACUCGGGGCCUCCUGGAAUCCUGAACUGGUCGAGCAAGCAGCACAAAUCAUUGGCCAAGAGGCACGAGCACUCGGCAUUACUCAAGUCUUUGCUCCGUCCGCAGACCUGGCCAGGGAUCCCAGGCAUGGUAGAGUCGAAGAAUCAAUGUCUGAGGAUCCAUACCUGGCUGGCGAGAUGGUAGCACAUUUCGUGCAAGGACUUUGGAAGAACAAGGUUGCUUCUAUCGUCAAACACCUCGUGGCAUAUGGAAACUCCGAGCAGGGGAUUAACAUGGGGCCCGUCCAUGGAGGCGAACGCGAAUUGCGUACAACCUAUCUGCCGCCAUUUCGAAAGGCCAUCGAGGCUGGGGCGUUCACGGUCAUGACCUCAUACAAUUCCUAUGACGGGAUACCAUCGGUGAUGAACAAGCAUCUACUCACCGAUAUUCUUCGCGGCGAAUGGGACUUUCAGUAUUGGACUACCACAGAUUAUGGGGCCCCGAACCGACUGUGCACGGCGUUCAAAAUGUGCCGUGACAAUCCCAUCGAUGCAGAGGCGAUUACCAUGAAGAUAUUUCCUGCUGGACAGGAUACUGAAGGUGGAGGCUCUUUUAACUUCGACUCCAUUCCCGACCUAGUCAAUGAUGGAACUCUGGAUAUCGCCAUCGUUGAUGAAGCCGUGCGACGGGUGCUGCGCGCUAAGUUUGAUAUGGGGCUGUUUGAGGACCCUUUCCCUGCUGCGGCGCCGGAAGAUUGGCCCAACCUGAUACACACUGACAAAGCGCUUGAAGUAGCCAAGCAGUUGGAUCUGGAGUCGAUUGUCUUACUCGAGAAUCACGAUAACACCCUGCCUUUGAAGGACGAUAUUGGCAGUAUUGCCGUCAUCGGGCCGUUUGCAGACACCGUCAACUAUGGCGACUAUACUAUGUCACGCCCCCGUGGGGUCACACCGCUAGACGGGAUCCGGAGCAGGGCCUCGCAGGGAGUUCAUGUCAAGCAUGCAAAAGGAUGUGAGGCAUGGAGCAAUGACGAAUCAGGCAUACAUGAGGCCACCGAACUAGCCAAAUCGUCCGACGUGGCAGUGGUAGUGGUGGGCACCUGGACGCGCUCGCUGGAAGGUCAACAAGAAGGAUUGAAUGCAACCACCGGAGAGGCAUAUGACACCAACGACCUAGGCCUCGUCGGCGCACAACGAUUGCUCGUCCAAAAAGUCGCAGAGACCGGUGUACCAACCAUUGUGGUAUUCUCCUCUGGAAAGCCAAUUGUAGAGCCGUGGAUUUCCAACGCAACUGCGGCGCUUCUCCAGCAGUUCUAUACUUCAGAGCAAGGAGGCGAGGCACUUGCAGAUGUUUUAUUUGGCAAAUACAACCCCAGCGGCAGACUGCCACUGACAUUCCCGCGCGAUGUGGGCAGCCUGCCAGUGGUGUACGACUACCUAGACUCGGGCCGUGCAGACGAUGAGCCAGGCCAUAUUAACGACGAUGGGAGCAUUGAAUUCGGACGCACGUAUGUGACGGGGACGCCGCUGCCAUGGUAUGAAUUCGGAUACGGGCAGAGCUACUCCACCUUCGAGUACUCGAAGGUCGAAGUGGAUAGGAAGCAUGUCAGGAAGACGGAUACCAUCACCGUCAGCGUGCAGAUUGAGAACACCAGUGAUCGAGACGGUGUGGAAGUCGUCCAGCUUUACGUUGCGGAUCCGGUGAGCUCGGUGGUCACGCCGAACAAGCAGCUCAGGGCUUUCCAAAAGGUUUUCAUUAAGGCCAGGGAAACGGCUACCGUGAUGUUGGACUUGAAGGUGAGAGAAAUCGGACUUUGGGACCUGGAUAUGAAGUAUGUGGUUGAACCGGGCGAGUUCGUUGCGUACGUGGGAAGAAGUGCUGGUGAUCUUAAGGGGGGAGUUUCGUUCUAUGUGGAUUAG